AUUAUAAGAUGCAGGAGGAGGCGGUGCUGCCUCAUUCAUCCAGUGACCACCAUAGGCGGCACACACUCGCAGCUCUGCUCAACGUGACGUCUACCACACACUACACCCGCCCGCACCACAUUCAAGAUGUGCAGCAAGAGCGAGAUGGAGCAGAUUGCUUUAAAGAUGCUGGACAAGGCAUUCAAGCCCGGGCAGGAACCCCAUCAGGUCAUCGCUGUAUACAAUGAGUGGUGCAAGACCUAUGAAGAGAUGAUGGCUGAUGGGAGGUUCAACGGGCCCAUCAUCGCUGCCGAGCAUGUGGCUGAGCUGGUCCCAGAGGACCGUCGUCAAUACGUCCGAGUACUCGACAUUGCCGCAGGUACGGGCGCUGUCGGUCGCGAGCUGCACAAGAAAGGAUUCACGAACAUAGAUGCCCUGGAUCCCUCAGAAGGAAUGCUGAACGUUCUAAGAAACAAAGGAGUGUACAACCUUACGUAUCAGGAGUUCAUAACCCAGAACCCGACAACUAUUCCUCAAGAUACGUAUGACGUGGUGGUGACCUGUGGCGGCAUGGUUGAGGGCCAUUUGCCUGUUCAAGGCAUCAAUGAAUUUAUCCGGGUCGCCAAGCCAGGUGGUCUAGUGAUAAUUUUGAUUGGGACGAAGCGUCUAUUGGAGGUGGAAGCAUACAAGGACAAGCUGGAGCCCCACAUGGAGCAUCUAGAGCAACAGGGGCUGUGGCGGAAGGAAGGACGAAAAGUGGUACCAAAAUUUGCCUUUAGUGGCGAUGGAGUCGUGUUCAUCUAUCGUGUGGCCUAAGUCUCUGCCAGCAGCGUCGACUUCCACACUGACCAUCACCAAGAUGUGCUCUCGUCAACCUUCAAUUCCUUCACCAAAAUAAAAAACAAAUCAAGUAUCUACAGUUACCAUUGAAACUUAAACUCAUAUAUUGAUCCAGAUUACAACAGAAGGAAUCCAAUGAGCAUACCCCUGAUAUACUGUUCGGCAGAUUUUCUAAAUCAAAACUUUUCAGGAUUAAAACCAAUUGUUCCAUCUUCUGGUUAUUUUUUAUAUGAUUUUGAUUAUUAAUAUCACCUUUUGCAGUCAUCAACAUCUUGAAUUCUUCAUUAUGUCAUUUCCUGACGUUCUUUCUAAUGAAUGUAAAUUAGGUUUCCAUGUUCUUUAUUAACAUUGAAGGUUUCUUGUGCCUGGGAUCAUCAUAGUAUCUUUCCCAUCUUAGGAUCGUUUGAUUGAAAUUUUGUCCAUCCAAUACCAUGAUGCCCAAAACUGAUCUGCAUAAUCCAAAUCGUGCCCAACAUGGAUGAGAUUAAUCUGAAGAAUAACUCACGAGGAAUUAUUACUUAGAAUUCUAAAUAUGGAUACUAGCAUAAUGUCUUCUUUAUAUCAAGUACUUAGUCAAUAUUUGAUUAGUGUUAGAUUACCAUUAAUCAAAGCUUCAAGAUCUCUUUUAAAAAAUUAACUUGUGAUUUUGGCAUUAUUGAACUGACAUGUAGCACCUCUAUAUUUAUAUCCAAGGCACCCUGUAUUUGUUUGCUUUAAAUUGCAGUUUUAAGUUACCAAUUAAAAAUUUAUAAAUUA